AUGGCUUCCAAAGCUACAGCCUCUCUUGCUAUCCUCCUUUCUCUCAAUCUUCUUUUCUUCUCCCUUGUCUCAGCUUGUGACAAUUGCUAUGUCCCUGCCCCACCCAAGCCUAAGCCAUGCCCGCCCACAAAGCCAACCCCUUCCUCUGGCUAUGGAAAGUGUCCUAAGGAUACCCUUAAAAUCGGCGUAUGCGCCAAGCUCCUCGGUGGGCUCGUCGACCUUACCAUCGGCAAGCCCCCGGUGACCCCAUGCUGCACCUUGGUUGAAGGCCUUGCUGAUCUUGAAGCUGCUGUCUGCCUUUGCACUGCCAUCAAGGCUAGCGUUUUGGGCAACAAGCUUAAAAUCCCUCUCCACCUCAGCUUGCUCCUUAAUGUCUGCAAGAAGAAUCUUCCCAAUGGAUUCCAAUGCUGA